AUGCCUGAGCGGAAAGAUCCACUCGAUCUGGCCGAGACUGGCGAUCUCACUAAAUUCUCAAAGCUCGAGGCUUCACUUGCACAAACCGAGGUUGCACAGCGCCCGAAUUCAAGGGCUCAAAAUGAUGUCAGUCGCCAUGCUGAGAACUCUGAUCUUUUUGUGAAUGAGCUGGACUUCAAUUACGACCUCAAUACUCGCCAUUAUCCUUUACUUGAUUGUGGCCUAGACUGGUCAAUACUGAAUGAGGAUGGCAUGAACAACCUUUUACAGCCAUUUUCUGUGAAAUCUCCUCCACCUCCGAUCGAUACUUCUCCUGGUCGCAACAUGCUUGUUUUCCUUUUACCCUUGGUGCCUGCUGAGAAUACAUCUUACGGUUCCCGCAUCUUAAUGACUCUGGACAAUGCCAAUCAAAUCAUGGAGACUUUGGAUGUCAAUCUUUUGUUCUUGUUAAACAUGAUCGGUCGGCCUGAUUACGGGGCACCGCAGACUCAUUGGGAAGCUGACGAUGAUGGCAGGUUGCUGGCUUGCGCACUCAACACGGCAUCCGCGGCACAGAAACCAGCCGUCUUCUUAGACGAUCCAUUCGAUAUCCAUGUCAUUCUCUCCACACUAUCAUUCGAGUCCUCAAAAUUUCACGUCAAGCGCUUUCAAAGAUUUAUGUGGGCCCAGAUCAACAAAGUAGACGAUCAUCUCGGCGGCCUCGAGACCAGCGACCGGACUAAACUAGGAGAUCUCACCAAACAACUCCAGAUCAUAUCCCAGAACGCUGAUUCCCACAUCGGCAACGCCGAUGUAGCCAUCAUCACAGCCACGGCUAUCCAAAACGCACACUCCCGCCUCAUACCAUCACUACCACGAUCCAGUUCCUUCAUCUACCAACGAGCAGAUGACUCAAUAUCCUACAUCAUCGCUUCGAUGGAGAAGCAGAAAAUCUGGUUCUUAAAUUACAAGCAGCGCAAGGACAGUACCAUGUCGCUGGUCUAUAACCUCGUGACUCAGCAGGAUGCUGCGAACAAUAUCCAGAUUGCUCAUAGUAUGAAGCAGGAUUCUACGUCUAUGAAUGCGAUAGCCGCUUUGACUAUGGUGUUUUUGCCGGGUACUUUUGCAGGUACAGUGGUCGGCGCGGGAGUCUUUGGGGGUGCGAUUACUGGAGCGAAGGUUUGGUGGGUUUGGGUUGGGAUCACGGUGCCUUUGACGGUAUUGGUUAUGAUUUGUUGGUUGCUCUAUCAGAACGCAAAGAAACCUAUGAUCAAUGCUAGCUGGGUUGGGAAGAAGGGUAGGAGUGAUUCUGCAACGGACAGUGUCUCGGGUUUUAUGCGACGGUCUAGUAUCUUUUCGAGCGGGUUUUCGUUUUGUGGCCGGGGGGGGAAGGUGGACAUAGGCAAGGAUACCUGA